UGUUUCCUGCCGCCCCUGUCCGCUCGUGACUGCUGUAUCCGGGGAACAAUACGAAGAGGUUGUGCAAAACGGGGACGCCCACGCUGCCUCUGCGGAUACACCCCUGCGCUAAUAGCACGCGCUCUAUUGUCCCCUGUCUGUCCACCUCGCCUGACAAAGAACUCCGACAGUACCUGAGGUUUCAUAUCUUUUAACCGUCUCCCCCAGCACAAGACAAGCUCUUCGUGCAGAUAUCUAGUCGACCCCUCGAGCUUAUUGUACUCGCUCCCCAAUAGAAUCCGACAAUCCUCUCCUCGUGGCACACCACGCUUCCAUCAGUCAUCACACACACCCCACGACAUUCCCGUCAGGCAGACUGUAUCCGCCACCAAUCUAGUAACUAGUAUCAUACCAUGCCCUCUCCUCCGCGCACCCCCUCCCCCACCUCGCCCAUGGUGCAGCUCACCCACCCCACGCCGCCCACCUCGUUUGCCGCCCACCGACUGGCCAUGAAGUCUGCCGAGGCUGUGCCCCGGCUCUCUGACUUUGGCUCCAUGCCUCACGGCCACUCUCACCAUGGUCACGGCCACGGCCACGUCAAGCGUCCGAGCAUCUCCUCUGCCAGCGACCCUAUCGUCGACCCUUCCAGAAGGGUGAGCUUCUCCAGCGAGGCCAUUGGCGAAGAGCCCAAGUCGCCCGUGUACCAGAUUCCGCAGCGUUCGAGCAACCGCAACUCUCUCUCGCUUACUUCCGAGAAGGAGCUUGCAUCUGUGCACGAAGACUACGCCACUGCCCCCUCUGCGGGGCACAAGCCAGGUAUCAAGCCCCGCCCGGUCUCCUUCCAGGGGCCGCUUCCUGUCUCUUCCGACACGGGUUUCGCCACUACUCCCGCGGGGAAAGGCCUCACCAUUUCGCCUUCCCUCGCCCGCAGUACGAGCACAACCACGCCAUUUGGGUCUAUCUGGUCGGCAAGUGCCACUUUGCCCAGUAACAAUGGCUGGAUCACGCCCGCUCUGAACAGCGCCAAGACGACUAUUGGGUCUGGUACCACUGCCGGCCCUGGCAGUCAGACCCCGGCCAGCGGUGGGGGUGCGGCUCAGGUGGCCAAGGCUCGCGGUUUGGCAGUGGCGAUUGUGAAGGAGGACGGUGGUGUUGUGCCGGUCACGCCCACCCUCGGCAGCGCCGGGCUCAGGUCGCCUGGGCUGAAGAGUCCAGAGCUCAAGUUGAUGCGUGUGGCAGAAUCUUCCACGCCUGGUCUGGGUAGUGGUAAGCUCGACACUGGUAAGAGUAUGGGCAAGAAAGAAAUCAUUCUCUGCAAGUUUUACCAUACCCCCGGCCUCACUUGUACUUCUCGCCCAUGCCGCUUCGUCCACUCCCUCACCACUCUCAAAUCUCCCUCCUUCGACAUCUCCCAUUACACCAUGCUUUCCCCCACUCGCCCAGCCGACCCUACCUCUGGCACGUUUGCACACGCCCAGGCUCAGCUUGCUUCGCCUACAGGUAACGGCCCGGCAAAGCAGCUCAAGGUGACGGCGGACGGCGUGGACCUGGAGGGAGUAGAGAUGGGAGAGAGGGUGGUUGUGGAGGAUGAGAAUGGGGAGGAGGUGACUGGACAAGUCUUUUUGAUGUCUGGAGGCGGCAAGGGUGCUGGUGGCAAGGGUCGAGACAAGUACAAGACUGUUCCGUGCAAGGACUUUGCUGCCACCGGUCAAUGCCCAUACGGGGACUAUUGUUCUUUCCUCCACGACGAGGAACCUCGCUCCGAGCCGGCAGCUGAACAAUCCCAAUCUACACCCACCCCUGCGUCUCUCGACGCGUGGUCCAAGGCUAUCCCCAAAGCUCGACUCGUCCCCUCCGUCAAGGUCGACCCCCAAGCCAUCGAGAAGGCGCAUACCAACGGGCUUUCUGCAUUUGCGGGGCCGUUCCACAAGCCACCUUUCUUGGUGGACCAGCAUGGAGACCUCUUGGCUACCAGCCGCGCUUCGUCCCCUGGAGGCGUGCUCACGCCGCAGGCUCAGACGCCACCAGCGCUCGCGAGCGAGCCUGCUUCUGUCCCCAUGGCUUCUGCCUCCUCGGCACCCCCUCAAGCUAAUGCUUGGAACCAGGGGCCGCCCAUGUCGGUCAAAAAGGUCCGCAGCUUGAAGAAGGUGACCAUCUCCAACCACCGCCGGGAGCUUUCCGUCAAUGUCGACGCCCCGCUCACCACGCCGACCUCUGUAAACCGCCUCGUGCCUCCCGUCUCUGCUGCCUCCAUAUGGACAGAGAGCGACCCAGCUACGCCAUUUGACCCAUAUGUGCAAAGACAAAAGAUUAUGGAGAUGGAGGCCGAGGCGAGGAGAUUGGGCUUGAACCAGCCAAAGGUCAUGCCUAGGAGUGGGCUCGGGAAUCUGGCAUAUGACGCUGCUCCUCAGCAACAGCAGCAACCACAAGUCCACUCGUCUACCGAGCCGUCUUAUCUCCCCUUUGCCGCCCCUACCUACCCCUGGGGCAUGCCCAUGUCCCCAGUGACUUCCAACGGUCAAGAGCCGUCUGGUCCCGAGGUUGAUGGAGGUUUGGGAGUGAUGUGGACGCCGGCUGGGUGGGCUGUGCAGGAUGCUGCUAUGAAGAAUGCGUUAAGGAGUGCCGAGGUCAAGAUGAGGCACAAGGAUGCCAAGAGGAGAAAGCCCAAGAACUAUUACAGGAGUAGGUCUAUGAGCUUAUUGAACGAAUGGCAUGCUAACUCGAAGCAGCUCGACCCUGCAAGUUCUUUGCUGAAGGGCACUGUCCCCAUGGCGCCGAGUGCACCUUCCUGCACAUCAUCCCCGCCUCCUCUCCCGAGCCACCUUCCUCCUCCGACAGCGACUCUGUCGAAGCGCGCUCCAGGACACCCCAGCAGCACCAAAAGUACAAGACCCUUCCCUGCAAGUUUUUCAACUCUUCUGCGGGUUGCGUCAAUGGGGACGACUGUGCAUUCUUGCACACGCGAGUGGUGCCCGACUCGGUACAGCUCGUCGAGAGGCCGAGGCCUUGGAGGACGAAGCCUUGUCGGCACUACCAGUUGGGCAGGUGUAUGCUGGGUGAUGCGUGCCACUUUGCACACGUAGAGGAUCCUGCGUGGGUCGCUUCUGGUGCUGGAAGACCUCGAGGGUUUGGUAGUCCCAGUGGCAUGCCUUCCGACGUUGCUCAAUUGACCGAAGAGUCGGUCGAGCAGACGCUUGAAAAGAUCAGGGACAUGAGGUUGAAGGAGGAUGAUGAAGAUGAGGAGGAUGAUGACAUUCAGUUUGUGACCCACGCCUUGAGCCCCUCCAGCUCUGGCUACCACCUUGUCGCGUAAAGACGUGUCAUAGCAUGUUGAGUAUUAUACAGUAUCUCGUUCUUCUCUUUGGAGGGAGGUGAAUAUAUAUAGAGGUGUUCUUUUCUUUCUUGAAUAUAUAACAGUUGUUAAUUUUGGUCAUUCUUAUCAUAUAUGUCAAUCAUCAUGCAUGUGCUUGCGAAAGA